GCCGCGGGUGGAGGCGGCGCGGCGAGAGGGUCGGAGGCGCCUGCAGCUCAGCCCGAUGGUCCGGAUCCCACCACUUAUCAAAGACCAGGCGAUGGAAGCCAUAUUCUUGACUGCCAGGGGGAAGGCGCUGCUGUCAUUUGAGGAUGUGGCAAUGUACUUCACCAGAGAGGAGUGGAACCACCUUGACUGGGCCCAGAAGGACCUCUACAGAGAUGUGAUGCUGGAAAACUACAUGAACAUGGUCUUGCUGGGAUUUCAGUUUCCCAAACCUGAGGUGAUCUGUCAGCUGGAGAACUGGGACGAGCCAUGGAUCCUGGAUCUACCGAGAGCUGGGAAUAGGAAGGCUUCCAGUAGUGCUUGCCCAGGUUCUGAAGCCAGAUACAAGAUGAAAAAACUAACUCCAAGGCAGAAAGUUGCUGAAGAUUUAGAGUCAUAUAAGAUAUCAGUGGUAAUGCAGGAAACGUCCAAGAAACUUUCAGAAAAGUUACAUAAAUGUAAGGAAUUUAUGGACAGUUGCAGGCAUGCUCUCCCUGCUAGUGGCAGUGAGUACAACAGAGGCUUCCUUCAAAAUCUUAAACUUAUUCAAGAUCAGAAUGCUGGAACAGGGUGGAAGCAGGGCAGAUAUGAUGAGAAUGGGAAACUCUUCAAUCAAAGAUCAUUGCUUUUGAGACACAAGCAAAUUCUUACGAGAGCAAAAUCCUAUCAAUGCAGUGAAUGUGGAAAAGUCAUUAGGCGCAAGGCAUGGUUUGAUCAACAUCAAAGAAUUCACUUUUUAGAGAAUCCCUUUGAGUGUAAUGUUUGUGGGCAAGCCUUCAAACAGCGGUCGGCUCUUAUGGUUCAUAAACAAUGUCACCUGCAAAACAAGCCAUAUCGAUGUCAUGACUGUGGAAAGUGUUUCCGGCAGCUUGCCUAUCUUGUUGAACAUAAGAGGAUUCAUACCAAAGAAAAACCUUAUAAAUGUAGUGAGUGUGAAAAAACAUUUAGUCAGAAUUCAACCCUUAUUCGACAUCAGUUAAUUCAUAGUGGAGAAAAACCCCACAAAUGUCCUGAGUGUGGAAAAGCCUUUGGUCGGCAUUCAACCCUCAUGUGCCAUCAGCAGAUUCACAGUAAACCGAACACGCACAAAUGCAGUGAAUGUGGACAGUCCUUUGGUCGGAAUGUGGAUCUCAUUCAGCAUCAAAGAAUUCAUACUAAGGAGGAAUUCUUUGAAUGUGGAGAGUGUGGAAAAACUUUUAGUUUCAAGAGGAAUCUUUUUCGACAUCAGGUAAUUCACACUGGCAGCAGACCCUAUAGAUGUGCCAUAUGCGGAAAAUCUUUCAAGUGGCACACAAGCUUUAUUAAGCACCAGGGAACUCACAAAGGACAGAUACCUACGUGAUAUCAACCGGAACUACUACCAUUUAGAUGCCAGAACUUACAAUCUACUCCAAGUGUGUAGAAUUUGAUUAUUUCAUGGAAAACAAUAAACAGAACUAAAUGGUUUU